AUGCCCCUUUCCAAGAGGUCGAUGGCUGACAACAGCUCCCCGGACUAUAAAUCUCUCUAUCUGCAGGCGGAAGAGAGACGAAAGCAAGAGGAGGAGAGACGGAAGCAAGAAGAGGAGAGACGAAAGGGGGCAGAAGAACGCGAGAAGCAGGCAGAAGAACGCGAGAAGCAGGAAGCAGAAGGAAGACGACAGGCAGAACAACGCAACCAACAGACCUCUUUCACGGAGCUCCUGCAGCACUGUCAUGAUAUAAUCUCCCGUCAGUUGAGAGUUGAGACACCAUCUCGCUCAACCACUGGCAAAAUACCCGCUCCGACAGGAAAGUUUUGCCCAAUACGGUUGGAACAUUGGGCCGAUUGCCCAGAGCAGAUGCUAAGAAUCUAUAAUUCUGUUUGUAAGUAUCUACAGCCAGAGCUAGAGCAGGUGCAACGCUUGUUCUCGUCUCUGCCGGAACUAGAAGGACUCGGUCGCCGAUUUGCCCGCAAGCCCCUCAGCAGUGAGCAAGAUCUUGAGGCCUAUGAACGGUUUAGGGUGGAAGAGUAUGUCCAUGAUAUAAUAGCCGAGCUUUGCCAAAUACCAGCGGCACGUGCUGAAUUUGGCCUUGGUGAUGGGAUUCAGUUCAGCAAUCACACUCAUUCUUUAAGUAGGGACGAGACCGUUGGAGCAGAUGAGAAUCAUCUGUCAAGCACAUCUCACCCACAACCAGAUCAGUUUUGCAUCCAUUGGGUCGACGGCAACACGAAUACCCUCCUGACGACUGUCGAGUACAAGCCGUCUUACAAACUGCCUAAGACAAUAGUCAGGUCAAAUAAAAUACCCACAGACCAGGAUGCGAAACUGAGGUAUAAUGCAGAGCGGCUAGCAUACUCUGCUGUAGUCCAGGAAUACCAUACAAUGUUCGAAGAAGGAUAUAAGUAUUCCUAUGUAACAAAUGGACUUACCCAUAUCCUACUUUGUGUUCCGCAAAAUGAACCCACUACACUCUAUUACUUUUUCUACAAUCCCCACAGCGAAGUAGACCCAGCAGGUGACAAAAUUUCCCAAUUAUUGAAGACCUCUAUUGCAAGGAGUGGAGAAAUCGCUGGCGGCCCGAACUUCAUAUAUGGCAAACAAGCUUUGAACAUACUUAUUCCUAGAUUCCGAGCAAAGAAUUGCAGCAGAUUCCCCACUCCGAUAGUACAAACCCUGAGUUUCCGAGUCCCGAGUCUGGUUCAUCCUAUGAUCCGCCCUUAUCAUCCCCGCCAGCGUCUCCCUCAGAUAGUCAUCAACGGAGAAUCAGCCAAGUCAUGCCUUCGCCGUCCGCACGGCGAUCGGGUCAACGACAGGAGUCAAGGCGUAACCAAGAAGAUCAUUCUCGACGCUGCGCUGCAUAAUUUUACACGUAGCGAUACUGGGGAGCCCUUAGACGAGCUCUGUCCAAACUUGAACCAUCAUCGUAAGGGUCAGAACAAUUUGAGCCAGCAUCCUAUCUCUGUCGAAGAUCUAAUGAUUUUAUUGAAAAGCCAAUUGGAUAAGAAUAUCGAUUGUUAUAUUCCAUUUGGUCGCUGUGGCUCUUACGGUAUAUCUUUCAAACUGAUAUAUAUGAAAUAUAGCUAUACGGUUAUCGGCAAAGGCACCACUUUGGGAUUGUGGAAGGAAGUAUCCCGCGAAGCGCAGGUCUACUAG